AUGAAGAUAAAUCUUUACAUCGUCUCCCUCAUCCUAGCCACUACUUCCUCGGCUAUCCCUCUGAAAAUACUACACGAAGACCCUUCUGCACCAGUCUUCAGGCAAAAGAUCGUUCGUAGGCAGAGUUAUAGCAAUGUAGAUUUUAUACUGGGCAAAGUUUCAGAUAUCGUUGGGAUCUUUGCGGGUGGGCCGGAUGCGGCAAAUAGCAAGCCCAUGCAAGCUUUCAAUCAAUUACUAAGCGUUAUUGGCAGCUUUAUACCUUCUAAAGAUCCAAAUGGGUCUAACGGACCAGUGGGCAGUCUUCCGAACGGGCCAGUUGGAAAUCUUCCUAACGGCCCAGUGGGAAAUCUUCCUAGUGGCCAAUUUCCUAAUGGACAAAUUCCCAACGGGCCGGUUGGAAAUUUUCCCAAUGGCCAAUUCCCUAAUGGUCCGGUUGGCAACAUCCCUAACGGACAAGUUCCUAACGGUCCGAUAGGCAGUCUGCCUAAUGGACCUGUUGGCAAUGUUCCUACGGGACCGGGCGGUAUUAUUCCAGGUGGCCCAAAUGGGCAAGUAAUCUAA